UUCGUCUUGUCUUGAUUCGGUUUGGAAAGGGGGGGCAUUGACGGACGGUUCUAACUGGGCUUACCACUACACUCACUAUACCCAGUUGUGCAGCACAAGAUGGCGUUCAGUGGGUACACUUGUUUUAUCGUUUUCCUAUUUUCUUCCUUUUUGGGCUCAGGGUUGUUUUCGAGGCGUUUCUGGUGUUACUACCUUGCGAACGGCGUUCAAGGCUGUUGUUGUCGUUGGGAUAUGCAAAGUCCUGAAGUGAGGCUUCUGUCUCUGUCACUAAUGCAUCUUCACAUGGAUCUCUGUCCGUUUGCUUAUCAUGGUCAAGAGGUGUCUCAUAAUGUAUCUCUAUUUAUCUUUGUCUCGUGCAUGGGUCUUUUUAUCAUCGAGGCUUACUUUCACACAUGGCUUCACUAUCCGCAUUUCUAAAACCCUUGCUUCUCUCAGGUAUUCCUCUUGUUGUCUCUUCCACGUCAUCGUCACUCAUCGGCAUUUUCAGGUGAGAGUUU